UCUGGGGCUGAAAGGACUGGGCAGAAAACUCUGCGAGAUUGCCUUCUCUUUCCUGGUUCCUCUCCCCACUGCCCCUUCUGUCUGGACUAUUUCUAGGACAACCUCAACCCAGCACAACUCCCUUCCUUCCUUCGGGAGCAAUCUGAGCUUGGAGCCUGUUGUGAGGGAUCUCAGAGGUUAGUCCACUGAUCAGCAACAUCAUGCAGCCCUCCCCGUCCCUUCACACCCCAUCACCUACAUCCUUCACCUCUGCUGGGCCACACCAUGAAGAUUGGAACAUCUUAUCUAUGUCGGAUGUCAGGAACACAGAAAAAGCUUCCGAAGAAUGGAAGUUGCCGGAGAUAGUCUCUGCGGUCAAGGAGACCAUGAAGACAGCAUCCAGUGCCUCAGUGAGAAUUGCAGUGACUGGGGACUCUGGCAAUGGCAUGUCCUCUUUCAUCAAUGCACUGCGGAGAAUUGGGCAGGAGGAGGAGGACUCAGCUCCCACAGGUGUGGUAAGAACCACCCAGAAACCUACUCUCUACCAUUCCUCCGACAUGCCCAAUGUGGAGCUAUGGGACCUGCCUGGCACAGGGGCUGCCACCCAAAGCCUGGAGACCUAUCUGGAGGAAAUCCAGUUUAGCAAGUAUGACCUCUUCAUCAUCAUUGCAUCUGAACAGUUCAGCAUGAAUCUCGUGAAGCUUGCCAAAAUCAUCCAGGGACAGGGAAAGAGGUUCUAUGUUGUCUGGACCAAGCUGGACAGAGACCUCAGUACACAAGUAGUCUCAAAGGAACAGCUCCUGCAGGAUAUCCAAGAGAAUAUCCGGGUAGCUCUCCAGAAUGAGGGAGUGUAUGAACCCAUCAUAUUUCUGGUCUCCAACUUUGACCCCUUCUUGCAUGGCUUCCCAGAGCUUAGGAAGAGCUUGUGCAGAGAAGUGUCUGACAUCAGGUACCAUGAGCCCCAACAGAACCUAUCUGACACCUAUGGGAAGAUCAUUAAUGACAAAGCAAUCACUUUUUGGAGGCAAACAGGCUCAGAGUCUUUCCAGGACAGCUUCGGCAUCCAGAAUGCAGAUGAUCUUGAGGAGUUUUUGAAUGCCUGCCACUCAUUCUUUGGUUUGGAUGAUGAGUCUCUCCAGGAGGUGGCCCAGAGUAUGGGAAAACCUAUGGAGGAGUACAAGGCCAUUAUGAAGUCUCAGGAUCUACACACUGUCCUCAGUGGGGACUGGGUAUUAUCAUGGACAAAUUGUAAUACAGACACUUGCUUAUAUUCGGUUCUGAACAGAAUCCCAUUUGUAGGUUAUGCCAGUUUCUCCUACCUUAGAGGGUGGAAUCAGUGGCGCCUCCUUGACAAAGUCGCCAAGGACACCAACACCAUCCUGAAGAAAGUUCUGACAGAUGCCGCCAUCUGAAGGGUGAGGUCUCAGCAGGCUCCUUCUUGGGGAAAGUCAGGAUAUCUGGGGUCCUCUCCUCACACUAUCCUUUAGAAUUCUCAGUCAGUUCAGUAUUUCCACUUUUGUUAGUUCUAAGUUCCAUGAGGUAAAUGAGCUGACUAGAUCAUUUUGAACCCACAUCUCAGCAAAUUUCCAUAUAUGUCCUACUUCUCAUUUAUUAAAUGAGCUGGGAUCCAAAGAUGGAA